UAGUUGAACUGUCAGUGGACAUAUGGACUUGGGCAAAAUAUCUUCAUAAAAAAAAUACAAUCGGACGUCUCUGUUAUUUUUCUGUCUUCAGAAAACCUUUAAAUACCUUUGGAAAACAUGUUUCGCGCGCCGCUUACCAAGGUCUUACAAGGAAGCUUCGGUUCACCGACACAUCGGAUUGCAAGUAAAGCGAUUCGCACCAGCGCUGUGGUGGCACAAACACCAGCAAAAGCACCAGAAAAAAUAGAAGUAUUUGUUGAUGACGUCCCCGUAAAAGUUUUGCCCGGAACAACUGUCCUGCAGGCAUGUGCUCUGGUCGGUGUAGAAAUUCCGCGUUUUUGUUAUCAUGAACGCCUGGCUGUUGCAGGCAACUGUCGGAUGUGUCUGGUUGAAGUUGAAAAAAGUCCUAAGCCAGUAGCAGCAUGUGCCAUGCCAGUAAUGAAGGGUUGGCGCAUAAAGACUGACUCGGAAAUGACAAGAAAGGCUCGUGAAGGCGUGAUGGAAUUUCUUCUUAUGAAUCAUCCACUAGAUUGUCCAAUUUGCGAUCAGGGCGGUGAAUGCGAUCUUCAAGAUCAGGCAAUGGCGUUUGGAUCAGAUCGUUCUAGAUUUACUGACAUAAACCAUACCGGCAAAAGAGCCGUUGAAGAUAAAAAUCUUGGACCCUUGGUCAAAACUGUCAUGACUCGAUGCAUUCACUGUACACGUUGUGUGCGCUUUGCUUGUGAAGUAGCUGGUGUUGAAGAUCUUGGUACGACUGGACGUGGCAAUGAUAUGCAAAUAGGAACCUAUGUUGAAAAAUUAUUCCUCUCCGAGCUCUCAGGAAAUGUUAUCGAUUUAUGCCCCGUGGGCGCUUUAACAAGCAAACCCUAUAGUUUCGUGGCUCGCCCAUGGGAAAUUCGCAAAGUUAGCAGUAUUGAUGUUUUGGAUGCUAUAGGAAGCAAUAUUGUAGUAAGCACACGUACAAACGAAGUGCUCCGAAUCGUACCACGCGAAAACGAAGAUAUAAAUGAAGAAUGGCUUGCUGAUAAAUCACGUUUCGCCUGCGAUGGUUUGAAGCGGCAACGUUUAGUUGCUCCCAUGGUUCGCAUGCCGAAUGGUGAAUUACAAGCCGUAGAGUGGGAGGGCGCAUUAAUAUCUGUUGCUAAAGCUAUUAAAAACGCCAAAGGCGCUGUAUCUGCGGUAGCUGGUCAACUAGCUGAUGUUGAAGCUCUUGUUGCUCUAAAAGAUUUAUUAAACCGAAAUGGCGCUGAAACUCUUUGCACGGAACAAAGCUUAAAUAUUAAAGGCGCCGGUUCAGAUUUGCGUUCAAACUAUGUUUGCAAUUCCACCAUAGCAGACCUUGAAGAAGCAGACGCUGUCCUACUCAUCGGCACUAAUCCGCGAUAUGAAGCUCCCUUAAUUAAUACACGAUUACGCAAAUCUUACAUCAAUAAUGAAAUGGACAUUGCUUCUAUUGGUCCCAAAAUAGAUCUGUCAUACGACCAUGAGAAUUUGGGCGAAGACGCUGGUCUAAUAAGUCAAAUUUGUAGCGGUGGACAUCCCUUUUCAAAAAUUUUGGAAAGCGCUAAGAAACCUGCAAUUAUACUCGGAGCAGAUUUGUUGGAAAGAGCUGAUGCAGCUGGCAUACAUGCAACUGUCUCUUCAUAUUGCAAAAAGUUAAAUAAACAGGGUUGGAACUCAUUUAAUGUUCUGCAAAACAAUGCAGGCCAGACUGGUGCUCUUGACGUAGGUUAUCAACCCGGCGUUCAAGCUGCCCUAAAGUCUCAGCCAAAAGUUCUCAUAUUGCUUAAUGCUGAUGCUGGAAAAAUUACUCGAGAAAAGCUACCCAAAGAUUGUUAUGUUAUUUAUAUUGGACAUCAUGGCGAUAAUGGCGCAUCAAUUGCUGACGCGGUACUCCCUGGCGCAGCUUAUACCGAAAAGCAGGCAACUUUCGUCAAUACAGAGGGUCGGGCACAACAAACACUAGCCGCGGUGUCACCACCAGGUAUGGCACGUGAAGACUGGAAAAUUUUGAGGGCAUUGUCCGAGGUUUUAGGCACACCUUUACCUUAUGAUAACUUGGAUGAAUUAAGGAAUCGCAUCGAAAACAUAGCACCACAUUUGCUACGUUUGGGAAAAUUGGAAUCAUCGACGUUCGGAGGCUUGAACGAGCAGUUGGGCGUUUCAAAGUCAAUUGAUAAUACAAAAAUUGACGUGAAGCAAAAGAAAUUGCAAGAAUAUUUUAUGACUGAUCCCAUUUCUCGAGCCUCUCCAACAAUGGCUAGAUGCGUUCGUGAUGUUUCCGGCGAGGAGGCAAAGGAGCAACAUAGAAAGGAAGCUACAUGCUAAAUAUUCAGUGAUAAAGGAUAUAAUCAAUACUUAGCUACAUAAUCAGUCUUUAAAACGCUAAUGUUAAAAUUACGGAUUUUAUUCUCUCUACAAAACCGAGAAGAACAAUUUGUUCGAUAUUUACUAUAUUUGUUAUUGUCUAAAGCAAGUUUAUUUCAAGAAAAAAUAGCAACAGUUCCAGAAAGAAUAUUAUAAUAUAUGUAUGUAUGCAGAUAAAAACUAGAUAACUAAUGAA